UCGGCCGCGUGAGCACCCGUCGUGACGUCAGUGCGUGGAAAUUUUGUCAGAGUGGCAAGAUGGCUACGGAACCAAAUAAGACUGAAAUCCUUACCAUUUUCAAAAGACUACGGUCCAUUCCCACCAACAAGGCAUGCUUUGACUGUGCUGCGAAAAACCCCAGCUGGGCCAGCAUUCCCUACGGUGUGUUCCUGUGCAUUGACUGCUCUGGUAUUCACCGAUCCCUGGGCGUGCACCUCAGCUUCAUCAGAUCCACUGAGUUAGACUCCAACUGGAACUGGUUUCAGCUGCGAUGUAUGCAGGUUGGAGGCAAUGCCAAUGCGACCGCCUUCUUCCGCCAGCAUGGCUGCUCCACGAAUGACACCAACGCCAAGUACAACAGCCGUGCCGCCCAAAUGUACAGAGAGAAGAUUCGACAGCAGGCCAACGCCGCAUUAUCCAAAUAUGGCACAGAUCUCUGGAUCGACUCCUCCGGGGGAAGCACUGCGACCACAGCACCUGAGAAGAAGGAGGCCGACUUCUUCGCCGAGCACACACAGCCUGCUAAUGACUGGAGCAUGGCCGAGGAGAACGGAGCCGCUGUCACCCCACAGUUAGUGGACGCAACAGCCAAAACCCAGGAUGCCACCAGCAACCAGCCGGAGGAAGGACCGAGCAUCGAGGGACUGAGCUCAUCACCUAAAGCCUCCAUCGAUGUGAAAUCCUCCAUCAUCGGGAAGAAGAAACCCAUGGCUGCCAAAAAAGGGCUUGGUGCUAAGAAAGGCCUUGGUGCCCAGAAGGUGAGCAGUAAGAGUUUCACGGAGGUGGAGAAGCAGGCACAGGUGGCAGAGAAGCUGAGAGAGGAGCAGGUUGCCGAGGCUAAGAAACAAGCAGAGGAAUCCAUUGUGGCCUCGAUGCGUUUGGCCUACAAAGAGCUGGAGAUCGACAGGAAGAUCGAGGAAAAGAAGAUAAAGAACCUGGAGGGCAAGAAGAGAGAGCAGGCAGAGAGACUGGGCAUGGGCUUCGGCAACAGAAGUGCCGUGUCUCAUUCAGUGAUGUCAGAGAUGCAGCUGAUUGAGCAGGAGACUCCUGUCGGGGCCAAGACCUCUUCUCGCUCCAAACUGGACAUGUUCGAUGAGCCCGGCUUCACCUCUGGACCCCCCAAGUACAAGGACAACCCGUUCACAGUGGGAGACGGAUUUGGAUCCCGAUGGGACUCAGAGGGAGGAACCGCCUCCUUCACCACCUCCUGGGCCCUGGAGAAAGAAGACCCCAAAGAGGAGGUCACCAUCUCCAGUAUACAGCCAAUAGGAGAGAGGCUUCCCAGCAGAAGAAAAGCUGAAGUGUCAGCUCCAGUGGCAGAGUCAAGUGAGGCCAGGCAGAAGUUCGCCAAUGCCAAGGCAAUCUCCUCUGACAUGUUCUUCGGUCGGGAGAGCAACGCCGAGUACGAGGCGAAGACACGGCUGGAGAGUUUGUCUGGCAGCACCUCCAUCAGCUCAGCCGACUUGUUUGGGGACCACAAAGACCAUACAGGCGGGUCGAGUUUUGACAGCGUGCUCCCCUCCGGCCCUGACAUCGCUCAGUUCAAACAGGGAGUGAAGACCGUAGCAGGCAAGAUGGCCGUUCUCGCCAACGGUGUCAUGAAUACGAUCCAGGAUCGCUACGGCUCGUACUGAGCAGAGCUGAGAGCCGGGGCGGCGAGCUGCGGAAGACAAACUGACGACUGUGUAGAGCAAACCAGCCUCCUGACUGACAGGCACGUUUGGACAGAAGAGACGGGACAAGAGAGACGCAAAAGAAGGAAAGCUUGCAUGGAGAGACAAACGUCCCGCUCGCCUGUCCUUUCUAGAGACAGUUCCCCAGGAGUGAGACAGUGUUUUCUUUUCUCAUUCUCGUUAGCAGAUGAUUGAGUUUUAUUUUCAUAAAGCAAACCAUCAGAGAGUAGUCUUUUUCUAAACCAAGAAUUUUGUUGUAAUUUACCGUCAGGAAGAGUUUUUCGGUCUAAGAUUUCAAAAUUCUAUCUGUCAGAGUUAAUUUUACUAUAUUUUAUUCCCUGUAAAUGAAUCAAGGUAUUGUUUUGAUUCAUAUGAAAUAUUUCAUGCUUAUGUUGUUUUGUUUUUUUUUGUUUUUGUUUUUUUGUUUUGUGGGUGCUAUUAAAAGGAACAUUGUGAUAUUUUAACCAUUCAGCGUUAAUUUGAACAAGAAUGAGGUUUCUUGCAUUCAGUGUUCAGUUCACUGCUGCUCUUAGUUUUUCCUCGACUGGUUUUUUGAUUUUCCCUGAAGCACCUGGCCGCCAAGAAGCCGAACAAGCAAAAACUUGGUUGUUGAUUGUCUGGAGGAUCAGCACGUCGCGCCGCCCAGACCAGCCCCGAGCUGGAGGUCAGACGGUUUUUUUUCUGGCUCGAGUGCGGUUUAAAUAUUUAACGUACCAGGUGGCAAAACUCUUAUGUCCUUUACUUUUGAAAUAUUUAACCACAUUUGCUUUUAUACAACGCACAAGCAUGAAAGUGUCAUUCAAAGAUCAUAUUCUGUAAAUAAACGAAUUUUGAUUGAAAAAGAAAAAAACAACAACAGAUAAACCUGGUAAUUCCAAGCUCUACAAAAUGAUCUCGUUUUGUCUAUGCAUUUACAUUUUGGGAGACUGAUAAAUGUCUGUUUUGCGUCUCGGUUCAUUUUCAGAAACUGUUGCACAGGGUAAAAUAUUCUUGACUUUAUUUGAUCUGGGGAGUUAAAUAAAGUGGCUGCUGUUGGUGUUUUGCUCAGAGGAUUUUGCCUCUGGCAUCAUGAACCUGAGCUGAAACAGAAAGAAUGAAACCCUGGCAGUGUUUCUGUGAUGUUGGGAGGCUGAAAAGAAAAUGAAGACAUGUCAGUUAUUUACAUUUCACUUUGCUUUAAUUUCUUGGAAGCUCAACAGCACUUCCAAGAAAUGAAAGCAAAGUAGACGCAGUCAGCAGCGGUGAGGAAAAUAACCUGUGUUGUAGUUUCAGUUUCAGUUUGACAGCAUCAGAGUUGUUGUGAGCCUGCAGGGUGUUGAUCAAUGGGCCUCCACCCUCCAGGUCCACUUGACAUUCACACUCAGUUGUUUUAAGGACUGACCCAGUAGAUUCAAGGUCUGGAAACCUUUGGUGAACUUUUUUUUUUUUCUUUGUGGCAGUGGAAUCGGUUUGAGUGUCGUAUGUUCCCAACUGUGGUCACGCCUGACUCUGUGUCCCCCGCCCGCAAGAAACUGUCCAAAAGACGAUUAACCCAUGGAUUUAAAGGAUGAAACUUUCAACUAUUUAUUUGUAGGCUACAAAAGAAACUUAUUCCAUAUGUUAAUAAAGAUGAAAACCCCUUCCUGUC